AUAGCAAUAUUCUUUCUUCCUAUAAUUAUAUAUAUACAUAAUUUCUCCUCAAGAACAACCCAGCAAUCACGUCUGAGGCAUACUAUUUUCUGAGAUUCAGCCUUCUUUUUGUUUUUUGGUUCAAUACGUGUCAAUGACCAUCCAUCCACUGUCCAAGAUCACUCCAAGCAGUGAAAGUUGGAGGAUCAUGGGAACUACGAUACAUGCCACUGUCCGGAGAAGUUUAGUUGGAACUUUUGAGAAGCGGAUAAAGGAAGGGUCUGUGUAUGUCUUUGCCUAUUUUGGCAUCGGCAUUAGCAGUGGAUGUAAUCGGACCACUCGACAUGAGUUCAGGCUGAAUUUCCAACCAAGAACCACUGUUACUUGAAAACGUUGGAUGCUUGCUGCUCCAUAAAUCAUGUUCGGAGAUGUUGAAAUAUUCUGAGAACCUGCCGGGAGGAGACAUACAACCGAGUGUCUUUAAUAAACUAUUGAUAGAUAAAUCGUAUCUUUUCAAAGUUGAUGUUAGUCGUACACACCGCAAUGAGUUUGAUCCUUCCUAUAAUGUCAUUGACAUUUGUUUUGAUGAGAGAACCAUCUCGCAAUUCAAGGAAAGGAACUCAACGUUUUUCUUGGCCCAGACAUAUGUGACUUUGGGACUUUCAACUGGGGAAAAAUCCUCGCAGCACACCUUCUCAAUGGGUGAAGCAUCAUCAUGUGUGAAGAAUUUAAUUGAAGAUUUUGUGGAAUCAAAGGAUAAUCACGAUGAUAUCACAGGCUCUACUAUUGACAAAAGAAUGAAAGAAGUUGAACAUUGUGAUAGAGACGGUGAAGAACCAAGCAAGAAGAUGAAGACCGUUAAAAUAGAGAAAAAUUAAUACUAGAAUUAAUAUGUGACCUUGAGAGUAUUGUUAUUCUUUGUGUUCUAUUUAUGACUUAGACAUAUUAUAAUUUAUAAUUCUUGGAUUCUUUGUUGUUUGAAUUUAAAAAAUUGCAAUUUGGUGG